AUGGAUAUGUCUCGAGAGGUGUGCGACGAAACUGCGUGUUCGAUGAAGCGCGAGGACCGUAAAUAAAAUUCAGAACGAAGGGAUGAGUUGGUUCCUUCCGUAACAACGUCGUUCUGCGAAUACGGGUUCCGAGCUGCAGCCUUUCGUACAAAACGAGCAUGUAUACGCUGUGAGCUCAGAUAGUGAGCGCGAUGACGAGCUUCUUUUUUGCUUUCUUUCGUCCGCCGGCGCUUUCAGCAGCGAAGACGGAUAGCCGAAAUGCACGGAACAAGGCUUUCCUGGAAGAAGACGUCCACAACUGCGCUGUAUGGUCCGAUGUCACUGGCAGAGAUGCUACGGCCCACUGCAGCAGCAAGAGAAACUGGCGGCGGAAGCAACGGCGGCGCCUGGCUGCGCGCCCACCACGACCCGUACGCGUCGCUGUACGCCCUUCCGGGAGGCGUGUGCACGGCCGACGUGCUGGCCGACGGCGAUCAGCGGCUUCUGGUGGCCGACCUGCGCAACGGAGGACGCCUGCGCCUUUUCCGCGGGGGACGCCAGCAGCAGCAAGGCGAGCAGGCCCUAGCCGCGCUGCCAUGCGGACUGGCUGCCUUUCGCACGGAGUCCGCCCCACCAGGGCAGCCUCCGUCCGUUGCCGUGGCAGCGGGCUCCUGCCUGUACGUGUACCGCAACCUGCGGCCCUUCUACAAGUUCAGCCUGCCCCACACGGCCGCGGACGAGGAAGAAAAGGAGGCCUGGUCCAAGCACCAGGAUCCGGCCGAUCCGGACGCCCUCAGGGACGCCCUCGAGGCUCUGCGGUUCCUGCUAUUGGAGCCGGAUGAGGCAAAGGCGUUCAUCGAGGCCAACAGGGAAUUCCCGCUCAAGCGGCAUACGCAGGUGACCGCCCUGGGCGUGCUCAAGAAGAGCCUGGCGGACGAGGACGCCGCCAGCUGCCUGCUGCUCGCCACCGAGGACGGGCGCCUGUUCGUGCUCGAGCCGGACGCAUUCACGCUGCUCGCCGCCGUGCAGGUUCCGGGCGCCGUGUGCUGCUUGGACGCGCAGGGCGCCUUCGACGUGGACUUCCACGUGGCGCUGGCCACCCGGGACGACCGGCUGCACCUCGUCAAGCGGGGCCACAAGGCGUCGCGCGUGCUCGCCCAGCCCGGGGCGCCCGCCGUGGGGCUCUGCCACCUGGAGCCCGGACAGCUGGUGGCCGCGUGCGCCGACCGACGCCUGCGCGCUUACUCCGUCAAGGGCCAGUGCGUGUGGAGCGUGCCGCUGGGGGCCCAGCCGCUGGCGGUGGCAGCGGUGUGCCGGCCGGGCGUGUGCCAGGCCGCGGCCGUGGCGCUCUCCGACCGCCGCGUGGUGCUGCACGGCGCGGCCGACGGGGCGCCGACGCACGUGCUCCACACGAGGGACGCCGUGUCCGCCGUCCACUUCGGCCGCCUCGGGAGGGAGGACAACGCCCUGGCCAUGGUUGGCACCGGAGGCAGCCUGACGGUGCUGAUCCUGCGGCGCAACGCCCAGCUGCUGCAGUCGCCAUCCUCGACCCGCGAGGCGCCCGGAGGUGGCGCGGUGGGCGCUCCCCGCUGGAGCCUUCCCAAGAAGACCAAGCUGUUCGUGGACCAGACGAUGCGCGAGAGGGAGCACUCUGUCGCCAUGCACCGGGGCUUCCUGCGCGACCUGCAGCGCCUGCGGCUGACGGCAGCGCGCCACUACCACCGCGCCGUGCUGGGAGGUGCGGCGCCCGCACGAGCCGCCGACGGCACCGGAGAAACGGGCCCCGCGCUCGUCGAGCUGUCGGCGCAGGUGCAGGGCCUGGGACCCCGACUUGCCCUCCACGUGCGCCUGCAGUCGUCGCGACCGCUCAGCCGGCUCACCAUGGUCGUGCACGGAGACGACCAGUACCGACUGCACAAGCCCGUCAUGCAGGUGGCAUACCUGGUUCCAGGCCUUGCUUACCGCUACACCGCAAUGGUCACGGCGGAUUCCGGCGUGCCCGGAGUACUCAAGGUGGUCGUGGCUAGGCAGACGAAGGUCCUGGCGACAGCUCUGGUGCAGAUGCCUGCUCUGGAUAUGCCUUAGCCGUGCUCACUGGAUCGCAAGAGAAAGAGGACCUGACGCAGCUGUUAAUAUUUUUUCAAAUACAUGCAAUUCUUCAGACUCUUGUUACUAUUAUAAAGUAUGAGGGAAAGUAAACUAAAGGGACUUUUGAGCAAAGGUACAUUUAUUCUAAUCACAGAAAACUGAACCAUACAUUAUUUUUCUACACAACCUCCCUGCACUACAGCACACUUUGCCCAAUGUUUCACAAGUUUUUUGAUUCUGUCGCAAGAAAAGUUUUUUGGUUGCACC